UCAGAUCCUCCAACAUGAACGUCUGUCAGUCUCUGAUCUGCUUCUUCUUCCUCACACUGCAGGAUGGAAACAUUGGUCUCAUCAAUGCAGAAAUCAUCAAGAGUACAGGAACUGAAGGAGGAAACAUCACAGUUAGAUGCUCCUUCACUUUCUCUGGAAAGAGGAGAAUCUUCUGUAAGGACGAAUGUAAAGAUGGAGACAUUCUCAUUGACACAGAAGAGGACACAGCUCAGAGAGGCAGAUACAGCAUUGAAGAUAAAAAUUCAAUAAUGUCUGCUACAGUUCUGUAUGUGAUCAUCACAAACCUGACUCAGUCUGACUCAGGAUGGUACACAUGUGGUUUCAACAGAUCGUUCUUCCCAUCAUCAUACCAGGAGAUUAAGAUCCGAGUUACAGAUGCUCCAACCUCUCCUCUCAGACCUUCUUCACCAUCAGUCCCAUCAGCCUCCACACUGAUGACAUCACAGCGUUUAAGCUCCACACCUUCAUCAGCCUCCACACUGAUGACAUCACAGAGUUUAAGCUCCACACCUUCAUCAGCCUCCACACUGAUGACAUCACAGAGUUUAAGCUCCACACCUUCAUCAGCCUCCACACUGAUGACAUCACAGAGUUUAAGCUCCACACCUUCAUCAGCCUCCCCUGAAGCCAGAGAGCAGCCUCAACAGAAACACACAAGAGCUCUGCUGUAUGUGGGUCUGACUCUGGUCCUCUUCUUCAUCAUGUUAUCAGUAGCUUUGCUGAUUUUCUGCAGGAAGAGGGCCAGGAAACCCAAAGAACCUCCUCUGGAAACUGAGUACUCUAAUGUCACAGAGGCCAACCGAGUGUAUGAGGAGAUCAGAGAGGACAGACAGAGCACAUCUCCUCCUGUAGAAGUGUCUACAGUUUACACUUACGCCAAAUACACCAAACCAGAUGGAGCGGAAACCACAGAGGAGUACAGCUUAGUCACUGCACCCACUUCUCAGAAGAAAACUGAAGACGACUGGAGUGACCUCACCUACUCUGAGCUGGAUCUUCCCAACGGUACAGCUGCCUCGCUGCACAGCGCCCCCUGUGGUGACCCAGAUAACGUGGUCUACUCUGUUCCUCGGCUAGAAGCCAGCUCGGCCGGCAGCCACGCCCAAGACGCUUCACCUCCUCUGUACUCUACUGUUACUUUACAUCAGCUGUAG